ACGAAGGGAGAAGGGGAAGGUUCCAGCGUGUUUUUAAGUGCCGGGCAGUGCCGCUGACAGGCAGUUGGUGUGCAGCUGGCGUCUCCUCCUUGCAGACUUUGAGAGACGUUCUGUAACUUCACUCACGCGACACACCCCACGGACCAUGAUGAAGUUCAUCAUGGGCAGGUGGGCAUCAGCGGCCCCCUUGCUGGUGCUCCUGCUGGCGGCGGGUGUUCCCCAAGGAGAGGCCAUGAACCUGAGGCGCAGUGAGAGGAGCAGCUCUCUCACCAACAAGCCAGGCGUAGAUGGCUCCCACAGUGGCGGAUCACUUACCAACAAGCCAGGCGUCGAUGGCUCCCACAGUGGCGGGUCACUCACCAACAAGCCAGGCGUCGAUGGCUCCCACAGUGGCGGGUCACUCACCAACAAGCCAGGCGUCGAUGGCUCCCACAGUGGCGGGUCACUUACCAACAAGCCAGGCGUUGAUGGCUCCCACAGUGGCGGGUCACUCACCAACAAGCCAGGCGUCGAUGGCUCCCACAGUGGCGGGUCACUCACCAACAAGCCAGGCGUUGGGGCUUGGACCUUCUCAUAUGGCGCAUCGAACGGAAGAAGACAGAUUGGAGGAAGUGGAUUCGGGUUUGGAGGCAGUGACGGUGUUCAAAUUGGCGGCAGUGGAGGAGGUUUUGGAGGCGGUGACGGUUCCCAAGUGGGAGGAAGUGGAGGAGGUUUUGGAGGCGGUGACGGUUCCCAGACUGGAGGAAGUGGAGGAGGUUUUGGAGGCGGUGAUGGUUCCCAGACUGGAGGAAGUGGAGGAGGUUUUGGAGGCGGUGACGGUUCCCAGACUGGAGGAAGUGGAGGGGGUUUUGGAGGCAGUGACUGUUCUCAGACUGGAGGAAGUGGAGGAGGUUUUGGAGGCGGUGAUGGUUCCCAGACUGGAGGAAGUGGAGGAGGUUUUGGAGGUGGUGACAGUUCCCAGACUGGAGGAAGUGGAGGAGGUUUUGGAGGCGGUGAUGGUUCCCAGAUUGGAGGAAGUGGAGGAGGUUUUGGAGGUGGUGACGGCGGUUCUCAAGGAAGAGGAUCAGAUGAUGGGAAAAAGGGUAAAGGAUUUGGAGGUGGAUUUGGAGGUGGAUGGGGAGGAGGUGCAGGUGGUGGUGGUGGAUGGGGUGGAGGAGGAGGCUGUGGAGGAGGAUCAGGUGGAGGAUCUGGAGGAGGAGGAACCACUUUGCCACCUAUUCCAUCCGUCACUCCCGUGUUUUAAGAUCAGUCCUGUAUGGCACAGUCUUCCUUAGAUGAUGCCACGCUAGGAUGCUUAGAGUUAUCUGUUUAUUCCCUAUUCUUUUACGUUUCAAUCUUUACUCCUCAAGGGUUGUGAGUUCGACCCCGGCUCACGGCAGUUUCUUGGUGAGAGAGGUAGCGCUCUUUAAUAAAUUAGCAGGGUUAUAAUCUUAACUACUUAGCUCAGAAGAAUCCUUAACAUUUUUUUAAACAUAUCAGGCUCAACAAGUAUCCAUUCAGGUUUUCUUUUCGUCAUGGCAAGCACAUUGUAAAGUUCCUCGGAGUAUCUUUGGGUGCACAGUAACUUGUGACUUGUUCGUGUGGAGCAUCUUACAGUCUAUGUGUGUAUAAUAUAUAUUGCAGCCCUCUUGGUAUACUAUAAGUAAACAAAGAGUGUAAUGUACA